AUGCCGCUAAUGCCUAGGGAUACUCAAUCAACUAGAUCCACGGAUUUUCGCGGCUCUGCUUCCCCGGGUGCGGGGGCCGCCGCUUCUCCUGGUACGCAGACGUCUUCCACCGAUCUGUUGCUUCAAUGUAUUCUCUCAAAGAUCGAGGAAUCCGACAAAAAAUUCGCAGCCAGACUGGACGAACUAGACAAGAAGUUCACUGCCGUAUUUGAGAGGUCCGACAAGAAAAUAUCGGCUUUCAUCGAUCGUCAAGAGGCUGUGAACGCGGAUUUCGCGCGUAAAUUUAAUCAAAUACCGGACAUUCUGAAAAUUGUCGGGGAUCACGGCGACAGAAUUGCGGCAUUGGAGGCUCAGAACGCACAACUGCUGAGCUCUCAGCGCGUGGCUGGCGAGUCGUCUGCUGCGCCGUUGGUCUCCAGAACGUCGGAUAUCAUUAUCUCGGGCAUUCCGAGCGAGUUCUCUGAGGCUUCCGGCGAGAUAGCCGGAAACGUUCUUACAGCGUUAGGCAUUCCUCAUCUUGUCUCUGACGUUCUGGAGACCCGUGACGCGGUGAGGCGCGUCAUGUCGAUUGGGGCUGACGGGGGGCCGGGCGUCGCGUCGGCUUCGGCUCCUGACGGGCGGGCUGGGGCGGCUGGUCGUCGAGGAUCAGUGAUAGUGGCGCUCAAGUCGCGCGAGAUUCGAGAUCACGUUCUUAAGGUGAUGCGUGCUAGAAGACGAUUAACGGUGGGCGAGGUUUUUGGUGGGAGUGUCUCGGGCAACAUUUACGUAAACGAGCUGCUCCCGGCCGCCACUUACAACCUCUUGCGUCGAACGAGGAUAAGGGCGAGGCAGUCCUCGUACAGGCAUGUGUGGAGCAGGGACGGUCGGAUAUUCGUCCGCAAAGAUCGCGGGCAGCCUCCCAUAUUAAUUGCUUCCGACGAUGAUUUGGCAGAGCUGCAGUGA